AUGGACGAAUUUGUCAACGCCAACAACGGGUACGUCCCGCCGUCACCGGGCCCUAAUGCAACGCCUACGCCUACCAACAUGGAAAUAACAUCACCAGUUAGCACUGAUGAGUACGAAAUCAGUGAUAUGGAACCCGCUGUACGGAAGGGCAAGGCCAAGGUUGCGGAUGAUGAGAGACCGAAGAAGUAUAGUCCACAGGAGACAUUGUGGCUGACCAAGAACUUCGUCGAUGUCUCCGAGGAUCCUAUCGUCGACAACCAACAGAGCGACAAAGCGUUCUGGGAGCGGAUUGCGGAGAAGUACAACACUGGUCGACCAAAAGGGUCGUUCGAGCGUUGCUACGUGAAGCUACGCAAGCAUUGGGGUCGAGUUCAGAAGGAUGUGAACAAGUGGAAUGGCAAGUGGACUAACGUAGUCCGGAUGUGGCCGAGCGAGCACAGCGAGCUGAACCUCGUGGAGAAGGCCAAGGAGGAUUUCUUCUCUGAAGUGAAGAAGCACUUCAAGUACUUCGACGUUUGGAAGCUUGUCGAUAAGAGCCCGAAGUACAUCGGUGGGGUAGAACCGGCGGCAAGUGGGGCGCCGAAGAGAACCAAAGUUUCCACCGCCGGACACUACUCUUCGAGCGAAGGAGGUCCGGUGAUCGACCUCAACGUGACAGACGACGGCGUCUUCCUCUAA